AUGCGUUCUGCUCGCCAGGUAACUACUACCUUACGACAGAACAAUUACUAUUAUCACCCGUACGCUGCUGCAAAGCCGGCGUCUAUGCUGGCUACAUCUACGUAUAAGAUCUAUCGCCAUAACAAAUGUAAUAAAGUUGAAGAUUGUACCAAUAAUUUAAAUCAACAAGCGAUCGAGGCUUCUGUCAAAACACAACAAAGUUGUUUCGAUGGUGUCUACACGGAUAAAUGCCUUUACGCGCCCAGUAGCAUUUCUCGCAUCUACCAGCCUCACUGGCUAAUGAGCUCGGAUCAACUACAGGCAACGUCAGUUGUUCCUACACCAUCGAUAACUGUACCUAUCGUACCAUCGACUCCGUUAUCUUCUACGCCCGAUAAAUUAUUGCCACAACUUAAUGUGUCAUCAUCGUGUUCACCCAACGGAAUUAAACUGCUCAUACAUGAUGAUUUAAUGACAACUACUAGGGGCUGGACCCCGGGUGAACGCAAAUGUGGUAGACGAUUAGUACAGUUUCGACGACAACAAGAAGACAAGGAAAUACAUGUUUGGUUUAGAACAAUCGAUCCGAACGAAAGAAUGCCUAAUGCUAUCAUUGUUUCGUGCAUUUACUGGGCCAUAAACAAAAAAUGGUAUAUUACGUCUGUCGACUAUGUGCAUUUGUUAGAGUCAAUAAUUGCGCUAAAGCUUACCAUCGAGGAAAAGAACAGAAUUCGCCGAAAUUUGGAAGUGUACAAACCUUUGACGGCGAGUAAGCAUAAUGAGUCUAGCGAGGACUUGUAUAAAAUGAUUAUGGAAUUUCCUAAUCCAAGACCUAGAAAUAUUGAGAAAGAUAUCAAGGUAUAUUCAUGGGACUGCCUAGCGGCUGCUUUGCAUAAGAUUGUGAAUAAAUAUGCAAAAUGGUGA